AAACAAAAUAACAAAAUGGCGGCUUUUAUGAAUUUGUAUUGUUAUGCGUAUCCGCUGACCCAGGUGAUCCGCGGCUCGCAGCAUCAAAACGAGGCGCUCCUUUAUCUUCGUUCUUUCUCGUUUCCAUCUUUCCUUACCAUGGGAGCCUACAAGUACCUAGAGGAGCUGUACAAGAAGAAGCAGUCUGAUCUGCUCCGCUUCCUCCUGCGUGUGCGCUGCUGGCAAUAUCGUCAACUGACAGCCAUCCACCGUGCAACCCGCCCAACUCGUCCUGACAAAGCUCGCCGUCUUGGAUACAAGGCCAAACAAGGAUUUGUGAUCUACCGUGUGCGUGUUCGCCGUGGUGGACGCAAGCGCCCAGUGCCCAAGGGUGCCACCUAUGGCAAGCCUGUCAACCAGGGUGUCAAUGAACUGAAGUUCCAAAGGAGCUUGCGAUCUGUUGCUGAGGAGCGUGCGGGAAGAUACUGUGGGGGUCUACGUGUUCUCAACUCAUACUGGGUUGGCCAAGACUCUAUCUACAAGUACUUUGAAGUAAUCAUGGUUGACCCCUUCCACAAGGCUAUCCGCAGAGAUGCCCGCAUCAACUGGAUCUGCAAGCCCACUCAUAAACACAGAGAACUCCGUGGCCUCACUGCUGCUGGCACCAAGAACCGAGGAAUGCGCAAGGGCCACAACUAUAACAAAGUCAUCGGCAGCUCCCGACGCGCCAACUGGAAGCGUCACAAUACUCUGUCUCUCAGACGUUAUCGUUGAUCAAUAAAUCAAGUCAUUCUGCUUCA